UCUGUGACAACGUGUGGACGGCCGCGUCGUGAUCAUGACGAGUGGCUUCGAUGGAUUGCUCGUUGUUCGAUGCUGCCGAUGGCAACAAUACUGUGCUCGUGGAGAUUUGAACCGCAGGACAUGUCGACGAGUGAGAAACCACCGCGCUGUCGGGAAGUAGUUGGAUGGCCUCGCUUGCUUUGGCCAUGGAAGGAAUGGACGGCUCGGACGAAGAUAGAGGUCGGGUACUGGUUGGUGGUGUGGUGUCGCUCCAGCAUGCCACCUCAUAGACUGCCGGUUCGACUUUGAUGAGGACGUGGUCAGUAUGAAAGUGCUGCACUUGCUGCUGGCGGGACACGACGGGGUCGUUCGUUGUGGAUGCGUUGGCAUAUUCGGUUGGUUCGGAUGACGUUGGAUUCUCGUCGGGAAUUGGCUUAGAUGGAGGCAUGUCAUGGUUCAAAGGUGUGUGGGAUGGCGAUGCGACAGCUGGAUGACCCAGGACGUGGUAAAUGUGCGACAUCGUUCGAUCCACUUCGGAGGUUGAGCCAUUUGGGCACAACAAGGGUGGUGGUCGUGGUGGCAAGUUGUCCAUGGUGAUGUCCCUGAAGCUAUGGCGAAGGAGCAACGCAUGCAAGCUGUCCCACACAUGACGGUCGUAAUCCAAGACGGACAUCGCGGCCCAGUCCACCGGUUGAAUCGACGACUUCAAGCGCGUCAUCAACCUGUCCAUGCGGUCGAAAUGAAGCGAUAAGAUGCGAUGCUGGUCGAUUUGGUCAUGGUCGUCGUGGGAAAACGCCGUGAGGAUGACGCGGAGGACGUCGAUCGCGGUCAUGGUGGCACUCUCGAAGCGGUCUUGAAGGUACAUGUACAUACGAUAGGGACAUUCAAUGGAUUGCACGGCGACUUGCAAUGGUUGGGAGAGGAACGAGAGAAGGUACAUGCGUGCCUGGGCCUGGAAUUUCGCCAUGAACAAUCCGUGGAUCUCGCGGAACUUGAGCUGGCGGAGGGCUGCGAGGCGGAGGUCGUCAUUGAGCUUCCUGUCUUCCAACGGCAUGCCAUUCGUUGGCAUCCCAGGCUUCUCUUGUCGCCGUAAGGUUUCGACAUCCAUGGCAACGUCCACAGCGGCCAUGGUUUGCGUGAGUACACGGGGAUCGUCA